CUCUCUUCCUUUUUGCCUCCUUCACCUUCCCUUCCCAAGGCCCAUCCCAAUCAAGUGAUUUUCUAAGAGUGCUAGAAACGUUCAUCCUGCGGUAUUUUACCUGAGAACUGCUCUGUUUUUCUGGGCAUUUGGUCAGUGCUUUCAACCAUGACUUCAUCCCUGUUUUUAGAUUAGAGGUGGGGAAUCUGGAGUAAGAGGUUCCGAGGCUUGUUUAAACCCUGGGAGACAAGUCAAGAGUGGGGUUAUGAUGGAGCUUAAAAAGUUCUUAGUAAAGAUUCAGAUUUCUUUGCCUGGAGUAAAUUCAAAGGAUGGUGCUUCUAGAUUAGAGUUAAAGAUGAAGAAAGGGAGGGUGCUUCACCAGGUGUUAUCCCUGAGCAAAACUAACUAGCCAUGGAGUACUGAAGAGGGAUGGAGAAAAAAAGCUGGAAGUGGCUGCACCCUGUUCUCAGCCCCCAGAGGCAUCUGAGGAGGCUGCCUGAUAUAGUGGAAAAAUCUAGUGGCCUAAUGGCAUGAGGGUGGAUUCUGCUCUUGAUUCUGUGGCUAAUGAAUUGUGUGAUUUUCUCAGGUCACUUAAACUCACCAGGGGUCCGUUUUCUCAUCUCUGUUAUGGAGUAGUUGAGCUAAAUGUUCUCUCAGGUCUCUCUGGCUAUGUAUUUUGAUGACUCCUUUGAUCUUCGUAGCUUAAAAGGUGCCUUGUUUUAGCAUUUGUGGCUUCUGUCCUCUUCCUUUACUGACUUCCACCCUCAGCUCUUAACUGUCCUCCUCUAAGCUAAGAAUAAGCACAUACUACAAUCACUCUUCUUCACAUACCGUCAUGGAUUCUGUCUGUCUCUUCACACCCUGCUGAAAGAAGGCAGAAUGAAUAAUUCAACCAUACUUACUUAUAUACUAUGUGCAGUUCUGGUUUCUCAGGGAAUGAGGCAGAAGCUUUGACUAGACAGUCGUCUUAGCUUAGGCUGGCCCAGCUUGUACUGAUAUAGAUUUCAGUAGGUUAAGCAGAAAGGGAAAUCAGAGUUCAGAGCACUCUGAUUCUUACUGUGCAGCGUAGUGUGUAGAGGGCAGCCCUCAUGCAUAGGUGUGGGGAGGUAAAAACUGCUUUGCUGUAAAGAUUUAUUUUAGAUGAGUAUGCCCUUCAGCCCCUUGGCUGUUCGACCUCUGGCCACACCUAUUGCAUCACAGGUGUUCUGCACAUGGCAUAUGCCAAAAGUUAACAGGCGCCUUCUGUCACUACCACCUCCCACUCCCUUAAAACCAAGAACAUAAAAAAAGUACUAGUCUUGCAGAGGAUGUUUAGACAGAGGCUAUUUCUUGGAAUACAGAGAUUCGGGAUUGUAGAGCCAAAGUCUGGUGAAACACAAAGUCAUACUAUUCAAAUGUUAGAAGUAGGUGUAAGUUAUUUAUGUUAAGAUAUUUUAACCUGUGAGCCUAGGUAUUUUCCUUUUCUACAAAACAUGCAUGUGUAUAUGUGUAUUCAUAUUAAAAGAUUUGUUACAAAUAAGUAUCUUCCCCAGUAGGCCUGUUCUUUUAUAUACCAAAGUAUUUUUAAAUGCCAGUUGUUUUACUGAUUUACAGAUUCAUCUUUUAUUGAUAACCUGACUGGUUAAUUCAGUCAAAAUAGUCAUAUUUUCAUGUUGCUACCAUAAGGUCCCGUGGGUGGUUGGGGCCUGAAAAGGUCUUCUGGUGAGAAAGCAUUUAAUGACUUGCUUUAGAGGAGGUUUCUAUCCAGAUAACAAGUUGUAAUCGCUGUUGAAUGAAAUUACUUUUAUAUUGUUUACAAUUGUAUUCUUUCUUGAAUUUUCCUGUUUCAGAGAAGAGUUCCAGUCACAAAUGCAUAUGUGAUACAUUUUGACAUUCACUGCUAAAAUGAAAUACAGGAAUGAAAACCACACAUCACUUUUAGUAUUCUAAGAGUGAUUAGAUGUACUUUAUCAUAUUUUUAUGCUACUGACCUAUAAGAAAAAAUAUAUAUUUAAAAAGGGUGAUAACUAAACAGCUAGGACCUGCAAGCUUGAUGCCUCUGGGAUGAACUGGAACAUCACAAGGAGAGAUUUUAUCUCAGCAUAGUCACACCUCAGCUGAGCCCUCAUCCUAGAGUUGUACACGUUUCCUUCAUCGGCAGUUGUCACCAGACGCUUUGCCUUCCAGGAUGGCAGACAGUCUCCCCACAGAGUUUGAUGUGGUUAUAAUAGGGACAGGUUUGCCUGAAUCCAUCCUUGCAGCUGCAAGUUCCAGAAGUGGCCAGAGGGUUCUGCAUGUUGACUUCAGAAGUUACUAUGGCGGGAACUGGGCUAGCUUCAGCUUUUCAGGAUUGCUAUCCUGGUUGAAGGAAUAUCAGCAAAACUGUGUUGAUGGGGAAGAAAGUACAGCUGCAUGGCAAGACCUGAUCCACAAAACAGAAAAAGCCAUUACUCUUCGCAAGAAGGAUGAAACCAUUCAACAUGUGGAAGUUUUUUGUUACACCAGUCAGGAUGUGGAUGACAGUGUUGAAGAGAUAGGUGCUUUGCUGAAAAAUCCUUCCUCAGUGGCAUCUAGUACCCUCACUGAACCUCUGGAUUCUGCAUGCUUGGGCGAAGACAAGCACCCAGUACACGUUACUAGCUACGAAAUGCCUGCCAAAGACACUUCAAAAAGUGGUGGAGAGAUUUCACUAGAAGUGAAUGAUGUAGAGGAAACCAUGGAGAAAGAAAAGGAUUGUGGAGAUAGAACUUGUGCUCACACAGUUUCAGAUGGAGAUAAAGAUGAAAACAAACCUGUAGAAGAAGUCAACACAGAUCAACCAAAGAGAAAGAGGAUUACUUACUCUCAGAUAGUUAAAGAAGGCAGGAGGUUUAAUAUCGAUUUGGUAUCAAAGUUACUGUAUUCUCAAGGAUUGCUAAUUGACCUUUUAAUCAAAUCAAAUGUUAGUCGAUAUGCAGAAUUUAAAAACGUCACUAGGAUUCUUGCAUUUUGGGAAGGAAAAGUUGAACAAGUGCCUUGUUCCAGAGCAGAUGUCUUCAAUAGCAAAGAACUCACUAUGGUUGAAAAGAGAAUGCUAAUGAAAUUUCUUACAUUUUGUUUUGACUAUGAACAAUAUCCUGAUGAGUAUGAAGCUUUCAAGCAGUGCUCAUUUUCAGAGUACUUAAAAACUAAAAAAUUAACUCCCAGCCUCCAACAUUUUGUACUGCACUCAAUAGCAAUGACAUCAGAAUCGUCUUGCACUACAGUAGAUGGCCUUAAAGCAACAAAAAACUUCCUUCGGUGUCUUGGACGGUUUGGCAACACUCCCUUCUUAUUUCCCUUGUACGGCCAAGGAGAAAUUCCCCAGUGUUUCUGCAGGAUGUGUGCAGUUUUUGGUGGAAUCUAUUGCCUUCGCCAUAAGGUACAAUGCCUUGUAGUUGACAAAGAAUCUGGAAGAUGUAAGGCAAUUAUAGAUCACUUUGGCCAGAGAAUAAAUGCUAAGUAUUUCAUUGUGGAGGAUAGUUACCUUUCUGAGGAAACCUGCUCAAGUGUGCAGUAUAAGCAGAUGUCUAGGGCAGUGCUCAUUACAGAUCAGUCUAUACUGAAGACAGAUUCAGAUCAGCAGAUUUCUAUUUUGAUAGUGCCUCCAGCAGAACCAGGGGCUUGUGCUGUUCGAGUCACCGAAUUAUGUUCUUCAACCAUGACAUGCAUGAAAGACACCUAUCUGGUGCAUUUGACGUGUUCCUCUUCUAAAACAGCAAGAGAAGAUUUAGAAUCAGUGGUUAAGAAAUUAUUUACCCCAUAUGCUGAAACAGAAAUAGACAAGGAAGAACUUGAAAAGCCAAGACUCUUGUGGGCUCUUUAUUUUAAUAUGAGAGAUUCCUCAGGAAUCAGCAGAAGCUCAUAUAAUGACUUACCUUCCAACGUUUAUGUCUGUUCUGGGCCUGACUGUGGUCUGGGAAAUGAGCAUGCCGUCAAACAAGCUGAAACACUUUUCCAUGAGAUCUUUCCAAGUGAAGAAUUCUGUCCCCCACCUCCAAAUCCAGAAGAUAUUAUCUUUGAUGGUGAUGAUAGGCAACCAGAGCCUCCUGGAACCAAUAAUAUAAUAGUGGCUGAACUAGAAUCCUCUGAGGAAAGCGAAAUCCUAGAAAGUCCAGGGAAGCUCCUUCAAAAUUAGACCAAACUGGAAAUUCUCCAUUGGGCUUUCAUCUUGACAUCCGAAUAUUCUCAUUUAAAGGACAGUUUCCCAUAUGAGUAAUUAGAAGUGGUUAUAUGAUAAAUGCAAUGCAGAUGUUGUCUUUAAUGCUCUAUGAGACAUUCAGUCAUUGGAUGUCUUUGUUAAUCUAUCGGUAGCUGAUUUGUUGAUUAUUGGACUUCUCUUUGUUUUAGAAUGGGCUCCAUGAUCCAGAAACUUAAAUAGUGUUAGUUUUAUUUUUUGUAUUGCAUAUGUAUAUGAGGGUUCCAUAUUUGGAGCUCUGCUUAAAGGAAGGUAAUGUUGUAUCCAGUGAUCUUCAAAUUUUAUCAUUGUCUACAGAACAAUUAAUAAUAUCUAAGGAAUAGUUCAAAUACUUUUGCAACCAUUACAAGUCCUACCACAUGUACUUUCUGUGGAGAUAUUUGAAUAGUGAAACAGGCACACGAUAAAUUAUGUGGGUCUUUUUAUAUGUAAUAUAGACUUGUAGAUGUGGCGGUGGUAGUAGCAACUAAUGCAAGUGCCAGUAGGAUAAAAUACAUUUGUCUGUAAUUGUUAAACGAUUAGCCUUGCGUGAUUCUUAUCCUUUGUGAAGGUCUGAGGUUUAAAAUACAUCUUUCAGUAUAAUUCAUCAGCCUGACGGUUGGUAACCGACUGAGUCAGUUCCAUAUUACAAAAAGAGUCGGCAAAUUUAACUACUGGUUGAAGAGCUUAUUCUUCAGAGGUUCAUUCCAGAGAGAAGUUAGAGGAUAAGAUUAGUUCUGGUUUAAUACUUCAGAAAAUUUUUGCAGAGCCCUGCUCUAACAUGAAGUUUAGAAGGAGAGACCAACUCAAAAGAAAAGAAUUUCCAACAGGUAACCCAGGCCAAGAAGGGGCAGGGGAGAAUGCUCCAAGAAAAGAUACUUCAUGGUGGCUGUACUGAAACUCCUAAGGAGAAAUUAACUGAGGCAUGUUGAACCUGGGAUUAAAGGCAUCGGCAGUUCACAUCCACCAGCCGUUCAUUGGAAACUCUAUGGGGCAGUUCUCUGUCCUAUAGUGGUGCUAUGAGUAGGAAUUGACUCGAUGGCAAUGGGUUUGGUUUUUUUGGUUGGUAAAGAUUAAUUGAGGUUUCUCAGUGAGAAUGAAACGUAUAACUUUGUUGACUUUACAACUUUAAUUACCAGCACUAACUAAAACUGUAGCAGUGAAUCAGAGAGCAUUUGACAUACCCUUCAGGUUGUGUCUCACCCCACGAGGCUAGGUAACAUAGCCUUUAUAAUCACUUCUAUCUCCUGGCUGAUACCUAGAGGAUAGAAACUUUUUUCCCCAGAACCUCCAAAAGUCAUAAAACUUGUUGCACUCCAGUACUGAAAAAGUGUGGAGCUGCCGGAAGAGGUGAACCUCCAUUUUUUGUCCAUUUCCAUUCCUCAGGCACCAAAACCAGUUACUGUCGAGUUGAUUUCGACUCAUGGUGGCCCAUGUGUGUCAGAGUAGAACUGUGCUCCAUAGGGUUUUUCAGUGAUUGAUUUUUUUGGACGUAGACCACCAGGCAUUUCUUCCGAAGCACCUCUGGGUAGAAUUGAACCUCCAACCUUCGGGUUAGUGGCCAGCUUACCAUUUGAACCAUCCAGGGACUCCCAUUCCCCAGGCAGAGCUUGACAAUCUUAUAGGAAGCCAGCCUAUAAUGACAGUUGUUCUCUGGAACACACCAUUUAUUAUGUGCUAUUUUACCUGCUGCUGUGAAAUUGACUCCAACUCAUAGUGCACUUAGUAUUAUGCUUUCUCAUUACAGCUUCUCAACUACCCUGUCAGGCAGAUAUUAUUGCAUACAUUUUCAGAGAGGAAAUGGAGACUUAAUUAUUUGCUCAAUAUCUGGUAUGUGCCAGAGCCAACAUUCAAUGCCAGGUGUCCAUGAUUCCAAAAACCCUUGAUUUUUCCGCUUUCACUGUUUGAAGAGUAGCAGUACUACAGGAGAAGGAAAAGGUACUUAGGAAAAUCAGAAUCUAGUAUUGCUGGUGAAGAAAAGUAGACAGACAUUGGGGACCCCACACUGGUCUCUUAGCUUAUUAUAGAUUAGAGAUAUGUGAAGAUUAAGAUUAAUUUUAAAAAAUAUAUAUACACAUAUUAGAGCCAAGGAUCUCAUUGAAGUAGAGUUUGGCUAAGUUUUAACAAAGUAAUGCUUUUUUAAUAAUGUAUCUUUUAAGCUGAAGAUUGUGUUACAAAAAAUACAAAUGUUACUAGGCUGAAAUACGCUCUAAACUGUCUUUUGUUUCUCCCCUCUAUCUGAGGGAAGUGAGAUAAGAAAGAUUUCAGUAAUUACAGCUUACUGAAAGCAGAGAAGUCAUGUAUUGGUAUUGAUAUUUAUGUAUUGUUUGAAUAUGGGAAAGUAGUGUUAUUGGGUGAGACCUAAGGCUUAAACCUAUGAGAACAAUGGAAAUGCUUGAAGUAGACUUUAAAAAAAAAAAGUAAUUAAAAUGAAAAAAAAAAUUUUAAGGUGAUUAUAUAAAAUAGAGGGUAAAGGUAAUGCAGGCCUACCGAAAAGUUUUUCAGCAUCACAGAUCAUUUGUAAGAAAUUGAGAAAGGAACAGCGAGAAGUUACAAAAGAGAGUAGAGCUAAUGAUAAUGGAAGUAAAAAGUGUUAGACUAGUCCCAAAUAGAGUUGUUUAAAAAACUAACAAAAUGAAUGUUACUUUCUUGUUUAAAUUAAUACAAGAUAACAAAUUAGAAAUGAAAAACGUUAUAACCAAUAAGCAUUUAAAAAUCUAGAGGAUAGUCUAAUUUUCUGUCAAGUUGGAAUUUGGCCAUAAUGGACUUAACUGGUGAACUUUUUCAAAUGUUCAAAGAAUAAAUAUCUGUGUAUAAUGAAGGACGUACACUACUAAUUGCAUUUUGAGGCAAAGCAGAUUUUUAAAAGGGUCUCAUUUUGAACAUAUGCAAAAUGCAAAAGAAAAUAUUGGCAAACAUGUGACACCUAAUAAAAAUAAUUGUUUACUAUGAGUCAGGAUUACAAGGCUGGUGUUCAGAGAACAACCGUUAAGUCAAUGUCAACAGAACUAAUGGUAAACAUCCAAAAUAUUAAUAACAUAAUUUUUAAAAUGCCAAUAACAUUCACUAUUUAUCUUUGACUUAAUUAGCUCUGGUAAUGAUGGCACAGGACUGGGCAGCGUUUUGUUCUGUUGUGCGUUGGGUCACUAUGAGUUGGAACCAACUCGACGGCAUCUAACGCGAACAACAACGAUUUCAUAGACUUUUCCCAUAGUGUAAUAAGUAAAUACUUAAAGCCAGUAACAUUCCUAUUGGGAAACAUGUAAGAACCACUUCUCAAGCAGAAAUAAAACAAUCUUGGUACCAUUUUUAUUUAUACAUGGUUGAAGAAAUAAAACAUUACCUAUAAUGAGAAAGAAAUGGAAAGAAGCGUCACAAAUAUUAUUUUCUGUUAAGAUGACUUUGUAACUAGCAAAAUCUAUAGUGUCAUAAAUGGACUAAUAAUAAAAGACUAAUUCAAGAAGUUGCAGAAUAUAAAAUUUUUAAAAAUUAGUCUUAUUUCUAGAUUUCGAUUGUGAAAAUCUACAAUUUAAAAAGUCUUUGAGUGUUAGUAUAUAGCUGUGCAGCCGUGCUGGGGUAAAGUAAGAAUGGUGCUUAAAUAGAAGCAGUGCCACAUGCUGGAGGAACUAAGUUUAAAAGAUGGCCGUACUCCUGUGUGAGACAUCUAGUGUAAUGGAAAAGUACUAACUGGGCAGUCUGAAAAUCAGAAUUCAGUCCUCACUCCACUACUUACCAGUUGUAUAAUUUUGGGAAAAUCACUCUGAGUUUCCAUUUCACCAUCUAUGAGGUAGAAAUAAUUUUUACAGAAUUAUUGUGAGGAUUAAGUUAGAUAAUACAUGUGAAAUCACUUCAAAAGGAAUACCAAAUGUGACAGUAUAUAGAUAUACUACAAUUCCAUUCAGCAUUCCAACUGGAUACUUACUGUAAUUUGACAAAAUUGUGAUAAAUUGUAUUUGAAAAAAUAAGCAAGCAAACAUAGAUAUGUCUUUUUAAAUUAGGAAAAAACAAUUGGAGCCUUGUCCUUCCAAUCGUUAAAACAUGCUGUUAAGCAGUGGUUCUAAAAUUUCUACGUGCUGAAUAGAAAGUUUAACUAAGAGUAGUAAUAAACCAAUCAAAAAGAAAUAUUUAAUAACUGCUGGUGGAAAGACUAUCCAGAUAUUAGUAUGAAAAAAGAAAUUAGAUACACUUUACAUAUGAAAUAUAGGGUCGGAAUCUACGGAAAGCGAUUUAAUUUUUUUUUUUUUUUUAACAUAUGAUAACAGUUUCUUCCAAAUUGGUUAAAAUGUUAAUGAUAAAAGUUAAAAAAAAAAAAAGAAGACUAGAAUUCUCAUCCCAAUGGUAGUACAAAGAAUACUUCACGGCAAUCGAAAAACAUUACUGACGUGAUAGUGAGAUCAACUACAGGCAAAAUAAAAAUGUCUCCUGACAGGAAGAAGACGAAAAGAUAAAUGGAAUAAAAAGUGCUGUUUGCAUUGUACCUGAAUAAAGUGCUUAAUAUAUUUUUAAAAAUGGAUUCAAAUCCAUAAGGUUUUCUACUCUUUACUAGGCAGAUUUAUAAAAUCAUAGCAUGCAGGUGAGACAAGACCAAUAAAAAUGAAUUCUUACAAUGAUACUCAGAUUUCCUAGCAUUAAAAAUGUAAAUUAAAACUAUCAUAAUAGCAAACAUUUAAAGUUACAUGUGUCCUCAUAUCAGUAGCAAAUUGUAUAUUAGUAGUCUUUUCAAAGAACUACAUAGAAUAUAAUAAAGCUAUAAUUGAUCUGUCUUUUGACAUACUAACCCAUUUUGAGUAGUAGAUGCCCAAGAAAAUAUUUAAAAGAAAGUAAAAGCUACUUGUACAAAGAUAUGCUUAGCAAUUCUAUUCAUAAGAGUAAAAACAAAAAAAAAAAAAGUUGAAAA